GCUGAGGAGACCCUGAGCGAGGCGGGGACGAGCGGCGGCGCGCUUAGUGCCGGUGGGCUGCUGCUGCUGCUGCCGGGAAGGGCGGCGCGCGCGUGCCUGUCUGAGGGGUCUCAUGUGCGGCGGCGGCGGCGGCGGCGGCGGUGGUCCUUCGCCCUCAGGAGGAGGAGAAAGAGGCGCCUCAUCCCGGCGCUGCGUCCGCUGAGCCGGCUCCCCGGGCGGGCAGGCGGCGUGAAGGCGGCAGGAUGAAGUUCGCCGAGCACCUUUCCGCGCACAUCACCCCGGAGUGGAGGAAGCAGUACAUUCAGUAUGAGGCUUUCAAGGAGAUGCUGUAUGCAGCUCAGGACCAGGCCCCUUCCAUAGAAGUCACAGAUGAAGACACUGUAAAAAGGUAUUUUGCCAAGUUUGAAGAGAAAUUCUUUCAAACCUGUGAAAAGGAACUUGCCAAAAUCAACACAUUUUAUUCAGAGAAGCUUGCUGAAGCUCAGCGCAGGUUUGCUACACUACAGAAUGAACUGCAGUCUACUUUGGAUGCACAGAGAGAAAACCUUGGUCUCACCACUCUGCGGCAACGUAAAAUGCCAGUCUUCCACCUGUCCCAUGAGGAGCGUGUUCAGCACAGGAACAUCAGAGACCUGAAGCUGGCCUUUAGUGAGUUCUACCUCAGCCUCAUCCUACUGCAGAACUAUCAGAACCUAAACUUCACAGGAUUCCGUAAAAUCCUCAAGAAACAUGACAAGAUCCUGGAGACCCCCCGAGGUGCAGAUUGGAGAGUCGCACACGUUGAAGUGGCACCAUUUUAUACCUGCAAAAAAAUCAACCAGCUCAUCUCUGAAACAGAGACAGUGGUGACUAACGAAUUGGAAGAUGGAGACCGACAGAAAGCCAUGAAGCGAUUACGUGUCCCACCACUAGGAGCUGCACAGCCUGCACCAGCAUGGACUACCUUUAGGGUCGGGUUAUUCUGUGGAAUAUUCAUCGUGUUGAACGUUACAGUCAUCAUUUCAGGUGUGAUUUUUCUGAAAGCAUUGAACGUAUGGCCACUCAUAAGAAUCUACCGAGGUGGCUUUCUCCUGAUAGAAUUCCUCUUUCUCCUUGGGAUUAACACAUACGGCUGGAGGCAAGCUGGUGUGAAUCAUGUCCUCAUCUUUGAGCUCAACCCUCGCAGUAAUUUGUCCCAUCAACAUCUCUUUGAGGUUGCUGGAUUUCUUGGGACAUUGUGGUGCCUGAGUCUGCUGGCAUGUAUAUAUGGUCACCCCUAUAUUCCUAUGCAGGCAAACCCACUUAUAUUGUAUGGAUUUAUGUUGCUGUUUCUCAUAAACCCUACCAAAACCUUCUACUACAAAUCCCGUUUUUGGCUUCUCAAACUCUUGUUUCGGGUGUUCACUGCCCCCUUCCAUAAGGUGGGCUUUGCAGAUUUCUGGCUGGCCGACCAGCUUAAUAGUCUGGCUAUGAUACUUAUGGACCUUGAAUACAUGAUUUGUUUCUAUAGCUUUGAACUCCAAUGGGCAGCCAAUGAUGCAUUGCUGGCAGAUCCAGUUGGUCAGAUCUGCAACACCUAUGCCUAUGGAGUGCGAGCAGUUGUCCAGUGCAUUCCUGCGUGGUUGAGAUUCGUCCAGUGCCUGCGCCGAUACCGUGACACCAAGCGGGCCUUUCCCCACCUUGUUAAUGCUGGCAAAUACUCCACAACCUUCUUUAUGGUGACAUUUGCAGCCCUUUACUACACUCAUAAAGUUCGAAAACACAGCGACCACCAAGUGUUCUUCUACCUGUGGAUCCUCUUCUAUUUUGUCAGCUCCUGCUACACCCUCAUCUGGGACUUGAAGAUGGAUUGGGGUCUCUUUGACAGGAAUGCUGGCGAAAAUACUUUCCUGCGGGAAGAGAUUGUCUACCCACAAAAGGCCUAUUACUACUGUGCCAUUGUUGAGGAUGUGAUUCUGCGCUUUGCAUGGACUAUCCAGAUCUCUCUUACUUCCAUGCCAAUCCACCCUUAUGCCGGGGAUAUCAUCACUACUGUGUUUGCACCACUUGAGGUUUUCCGGCGAUUUGUGUGGAAUUUCUUCCGACUGGAGAAUGAGCACCUGAACAACUGUGGUGAAUUCCGAGCUGUCCGGGACAUAUCGGUGGCACCACUGAAUGCAGAUGAUCAGACCCUGCUUGAACAGAUGAUGGACCAGGAGGAUGGUGUCCGGAAUCGUCAGAAAAACCGAGCCUGGAAGCGUAGCCAGAGUGUGUCCUUGCAUAGACCGCGUCUUGCUUCUCAGUCCAAGUCUCGUGACACCAAGGUGUUAAUAGAAGACACAGAUGACGAAGCAAACACAUGAAAUGUCCACAGAACCAAGUUCCACAUCCCUUGUGAUCUCUCGCUUUACUACCUUCUCCCUGCCCUCCCCCCCCCCCCGCCCCACACAACACCAACAACAACAACAACCCAACUUCUGGUAUAUUCCCAGCAGAAAACCGGAGAAAAAUCUGAACACACUUUCUGAGCUCUUCCGGACCGGAUCCUAUGGACUCCAACAAGCUCACUGUGUUUCCUUUUUCUUUUCUUCUGGUUUUGAUUUGAUUUCUUGUUUUUUAAAAUAAAAAGGUUACUUCGUUUUGCCAAUCAGAGGGACACUUAUGGAAGGAACUGUCUUAAAGAUUGUUUGCAAUCGCUUCAAGGACAUACAAUUUAGAUGAGGAAGCAUCGUCGGGACUCCCCAGGGGGACUCUACCGAGAACUCACUCAGUCUCUGCUCGGUCCAGUUUUGACGGGUUAAAGCUGGACCUGCAUUUUUAACUCUGGCUCAUGCUCUGGUUUUUGGUGUUCUCCUUCAUAUCCAGCACCAAGGCACUGGUUGCACUUGCCGGGAAAGUGCACUUAGGGCAGUACCUUCAUUCAUGAAGCUACUUUUUAAUUUGAUGUGACUUUCUUAUAAUUUUUUUUGGAAAUACGAUGUAUUUGUUGCACAUAGUUUUCACAUUAUUUAUGAUAGUUAACAACUAUAAGAGAAUGGUUUUGAGUCCUGUGCAAUGAAGGCGGUAGCUCUCUGAAAACAAGGCAAGUGGUAGGGGGGGGAGGGGAUGUAGAUCCUGAAUCUCUCUUGCUGUGAGGUUACGCCCUUUAAAAUACCUCUUUGAUGAGAGAAUUUGCACCGGUUUGACCUGACUUUUUCUUUCUCUUUUUCCAUUUGAUUUGUUUUAAACCAAAGUUUCUCUUGUGGGUUUUACUUGCUGCUGCUGCUGCCGGUCCUUCAGAAACCUGGGCAUGAUUUUAGCCGGAUCAUCCUUGUCUCUCUUUGGUUUUUGGUUUUGUUUUUAAAAAUGUAGCUGUGCAGAAAUAGUACAAAUGAUCUUCAGCUUUCUGAUGGAGGUUAGUUGGAGCUAAUGCCAUGCAGUUCCUCAGAUACCUGUGCAAAAAAAAGCCUUAGUUUGUAGAUUAGGAAAAGUUUUUUGCUUUAACGAGCUGAGUCUUUAGGACAUUACCCUUUUAAACAGGGAAUACAUGCAUUAUUCCAUUUACUUCAGCUACAUAAUAGGAGUGAAACUUGGGAUUAAGUGAAGAAAUGGUCUGCCUUGUUGAGGAUACAGGACGAUGCAUUCAUCAGUCGAAAUGGGGGUUAGGCAGACACUCAAGACCUUGUCACUUAGGUGAGUUGGAGACUGUGUAGUCUCGGAAAUUGGUAUUGCAAUAGAAAGGGCUUUUUAAUGCUUUAAAAAAUAAUAAUAAUUAAAAAAAACUUGCCAUACUUUGGCAAAUACUCUUCUGACAAUCACUGGCCAAGAACAUCCUCAGGUUAGCUUUCGUUUUGUUUCUUUUUUUCUUUUUAACCUAUCUACCCCAAAUCCUGCCAAGCUUAGUGUUAGACUUGACUUCUGCAAGUAUUAUAAGUGGCACUGCUAAUGGGAGUAAGGGUAGAUGGCCAUACAGUUUAGAAAAUUCCUUAGGAAAAGUUUCCAGCUUGAUUUUGUUUUAAUCCACGUUGGCCUCCAGAGCCCAUAGGAUAGAGCAGCAUGAAUGUCUUAAGAUGACCGUAUCCACCCCUCGUAGUCUCAAGCCUUGUUGUGUAUGCCACGCAUUUGUGCUUAAUGUUAGCAAACGAAAUCUUAUUUGUGCUCUGUUACACAGUGUGUGCGUGUGUGAGGUCAACACCAUAUAGUGGGGAAGCUACUAAAUUUCCCUGAACUCUGUCUCUAUUCCAAGACUUCACAGCAAGGACUGUGUUGUCUCUCUUUUUUAGCCAUUUCAGGUGGUAACUUCUUGCUAGUUCCUUUUCUCCUGUGGAGUCUUCUAGGGUCUGCAGAUCAGAGGCACACUUUUAAGCAAAGAGGGUUCCUCCUCCUUAAACCUUUCCUCCUUUUUCUUAGUUGAUCAUUGUGACCCUGCUUACCUAUUUAUUGCCCACUUAUCUUCUCAAGCCAUUCACAAAAUUUAUUUUGUAGGGCAACUGUGGCUUUUUAAAAAAAGUAUUCAUAAUGUGCCUGUAGCCCAGAGGAACUAGAGAUUGGAAUCUGUUACUCUUCAACAGAGCAAAAUAAGUCAGCAAAACAGUGGCUGCAAAUUAGGGCCUCUUAGCAGGCAGAAGAGUGAGUCCUAGAAUCACAGUCGCUUGUAUUGUGCUUUAGCCUAUCAAGAUAAUAACUGGGAGAACUGCAAAAAACCCCACAAAUUUUAACAUGAUGGAUGGCCAGGGAGAGAGGUAUGUGGAUGUUGGUAGAAAACAUGGGAGUUGUGCUGUGUGAGUUCUUCUGCCCAUUUGGUAUUCCAAAACCAAGCUGCUCCAAGAGGAAAAAAUUCUGAGAACAGAUUUUAACAAUUGGACCCUACAUGUCCUCUUCCUGGGGUUCAGAAGCUCCAGCCUGGCCGUGCUGCCUUUCUCAGACAAGAUGCAUUUGCAAUUAAGGAGAACCUUUGAGAUACUUCAAGGGUUUUUCGCUUUGUUCUCUUUUCCCCCCUAUUCCAGGGGUGGGCUUUGUUUUGUUUGUAUUUUACUUAAGAAAAUAGUUGAUUUUUUAUUUUUAUGCAGCAAUCUGGUUGUUAACUGAUAAUUACCACUGACUGUCUGAGAAUAAUGGCGACUAAUUAUUAAAUUUAGGAAGAUUAACGGCGCGAAAGGAUCAACUUACCCUUGGGAUGCUGGUCUGAGCAAAUCAUGUGUCACCUGCCAAAGCAAUGCAAUGUUGGAAAUACUUCUUAAACCAGUGUAGAGGGAACUUGGCAGGGAGGUUUGAAAGAACAAGGGUAGAGUAGGAGGAGCAGUCUGUCACUGGAGAAUUCUCAGCAGCCCAUGAACUCAGGUAGGAUGAAGGGAAAGGCUGUAUCUGGAGACGGCUGGUAGUUAUAAAGAGAACUGAAAAUAGUGUCUGGCAAACGUCAUUGGCCUUAGGAGCACGUGGAAAGUUUUCUGCGCUUUGUCAUAGCGUCAUCUCUGGCCAAACUGGCCUUGUAGGUUUCUGAAGCAUUAAAAACUUGAAAAGCCUUGCUCUGGAAAAAAGCUAUCGUCAGCAGCGGGAUGCAUCCAGCUUAUCCGGAAACGACUGCACAGCUGGUCCAGACCUUGUGUCUAUGGGGAACCCUUAUCAAUUCUUGUGGGCAUCGAAUUGUUGCAUUUGAUUCUGAUACAGAGGAAUAGUCUUCACUCUCCCAACAUUAAUGACGUUCUCGGAGCAAGGCAAAAUUAAAGAAGAAUGGCACUUUCAGUGCUAACUCAGAUUUCUAUAUGUAACAUGCUAGGAGACUGCAGGUCUUGCCAGUACUGGAAUUCCUUUCCAAAUUGCAUAUCAUAUCAAGCAUGCUAGGCUAGCUGUGGACAAGAUCCUUGACUACCUGCUUCAGGUGUUUUGAAAUGAGUCACUCAUGCUUCUGGAAUCAAUUUUAAAAAGAGCCUCUUCUCUGAAUUUCUUAUUUCGUUCUUACAGUGGCCAGUGCAGGGCGGGAGUCACAGCUGUGCCAGAAAGGUGGUGUUCCCUGAACCUCUCACUUUAAAAAGAACAGCUGGUUUAAACUUAAAGAUGGAAUAUUGAGAUGCCAGGACACUGCUUCCUCCUUCCUGAAUUGAAAAGGCUGUCUUUUGAUGGAGACAGGCAGUGGUGUCCGCCCCCCUCAAAUUGGACAUUGGGGGGGAUGUUGCUUCUGGUGUGUUUACUCAUUCCACUCCCACUUCUAAUAAGCAGUCUGUAAGGGUUUUAGUAAUUGGUAAAACAUAUGUCACCUGAGGUGACGCAGGGACAAAAGACUUGCCUGUGCAACAAUUCCUCUCUGAAAUGACUUUUGACUGUCUUAGAAGCUUGUUCAUCUCUAGCUUUUGUUUCAGCAGCCUCUAAGCUUAGGGUGUCUCCCUCUCUGCAACUUUCUUAGGUGGAGCUAUGUUAGAAAAAUCGAGAUACGUGGCUUCAAUGAAAGCAGACUAGUGAGAUUUGCCUUCUGCCUACCAUGAGCAUUUUAGAAGCAUCUUGUGUGAGAAUGUGCAGAAACACUUUGCUGCUUUUGCUUUCCUUUCUAAAAAGGGAUUUCCCACUUUCUUGUGUUUGAGCAAAUGGAGGGAAGGUUUGUCUCAAAUCACAGGACCCCCAGCUGUCUUCUGUUCCUCCUUCUCCAUGGUGGUUCCCAGGUCAUGGAGAUCACUAGGAAUUUUCCUGCACCUCUAGAACCAGGAUUCAUUUUUUUUGCAUACAAUAAAGGUAGGUUUUGAUAAUCUUUCAGUUGCUAACCCAUUUGUUCAGUUUUCUUGACUGCCACAAGCAAGCAAGCUCUGCAGAAAGAUUAGCAGCAUCUCUCCAUUUGGUGCUGCAUUCUCAGCUUGUAUUUAGGAGAAGUUCUAUGGUUCUGGAUUCUAGGGAUAGGAAUGCCCUGCUACACUCACCCUUACAAACUGCCUGUUGUUUAUCGGGACUUGACACUGAUAACAGUCUUCUUUCUUGUUUAGAAGAUCUGUUGCUUUCAAAUUGUGUUUCUUGGAACACUGGUGCUCCUUAAUUAGAAAGUCAAUAGUUGCAGGAAUGGUUCCUCGAAACAGAAUUUGUCAGCUAUUAUUUCUCUUUAGUGUACUGCUGCUGAGAAUGGUUACAUGGGGCAACAGUAGGUCCAGUGUUUCUUGCCAACGUCCAUUGUAAACUGCCCCCUAAAGCAUAUGCCCCACAACCAAAUGCAGAGUCCAGGAACCCCACAGCGACGAGGUUCAACAAAAGGGUAGGUUUGAAAACACUGAUCUAGAUCUUCCCAAAGAUACAAAUGACUCGGUUUUAACGUGCGUUUUCCUUUGCAUGGAAACAUUACUUACCAAGGAGGGCCACAGAUUUUCAUUGCCAUAAGUAAACUGGGGCAGAUAAGAUGUGUUCCAGGUGGACAACAUGGCUACUGUGAUAAUCCUCUACUCCCCUAAGAAUGUUGAGGAAAGCCAAAGUUUUCUGAGAUUCAUCCGAGGCAUAAAUUAAAAUGCCGAAUUUUAGACAUUGCAAACUGCCCCUCUCGUGAUUGGUUGCUGGCAGGAGGUGGGGUGGCAGUGUCUGUUGCAACUAUGGGAGGCAACUGAACCCCUUUACUGUGUUAACAGCCCUCAUACUUCAUGAGCACCAAACUUUGGGGGGGGGAAUGUGACCCUCCAGAUAUUUCCGCACUACAGCUCCCAUCAUCCCUUGACCAUUUUGAGUAGGGCUGAUGGAAGUUGGGAGUUCAACUAAAGGGAUACGAGGCCCCCUAUCUCUGCUUGACCGGAACUGAUAUAUCCUUUUCACCUGCAAGCAGCUGAUCAGCCAUGUGGAGAAAAAUUGCUCAGCCUUAAGUACUGGAGCUUUGGGCUCAGCUGGCUAAUGAGAGGGGAAAAGGAGAGGAAGACCUCAUUGAUCCGGAAGGGAAGGGUCAUUUCCAUAAUGCUAAUAUCGUGCCCAGCGUCUUUUUGCUGCUCUUCUAUUAAAACUGCCCCCAUAAAUGUGACGAGCCCAAAGAGAUGUCACACAUUCGGGGGCAAGACUGAUGAACCUACUACUCCAGCAGCGCUAUGAGAAAGCAACCAGGAUGCUUACAGAGAUUCUGAUUGCAGGAUGUAUCAAUGGGCAAACCCAAGCCUUCGACUGAGAAAACGCUUUUUCUUUUUUGCACUGCUGGAGUAGUUGUGGGUAAAGGGAGCUGCAGGGUUGAUAAUUAGACUGAAAACGUAAUCCUCUCGUGCCCAUACAGGCUAGUGAAUGAGCCUGCUUACCAAUCUAUACGAUAAAUCUCCUCCAACCUAUUUAGCUUUAUACUGUGUAGAUUCUUCUUACGGUGCUUGGAGGUGGCAAUGAACUUUUCGUUCACACCUUUGCCCUGCUCUUCCUCAUUCCCAUUCCUCUACACCCUUCCAGUGUGUUGGUCUACAUGAUGAUUAUAUAAAGUUUGAAGCCCUGAGCUAUAGGUGUCAAAAGUAACUAUGGAAUGUGAUUUAGUCCUCUUGUGGGUGCUUUUCUCUUUACUUUCUUCCUUUCUCUAUCCCCUUCUCCACUCCUGUUUUGGCUCAGUGGAAAAGGUGAGGACAAAGACUUGCCGCUUGCUUGGACUCAUGAUGAUGUUAUCCGUGAUUGCGCUAUUAGCUGUUUCCUUCUCCCUCCCCUCCCUCCCCCCCAAAAAUGGAUAUAAGACUUUUCUGAAGUGUGGAAUUAACUUUCUUGAUAAGUAGGUUUUAAAAAAUGCACAAUGUGGUACUGUUUCAUAGUUCCUAGAUGGUUGUAUAAAAAAAAAAGUUAAUGUGGUUUGUGUUUUUAAAAGGAAAAAAAAGUGAUUGGUUUA